UUCAUUUUAAUAAAAAGGGUUUUAGCAUACGGCUAUUUCAUUCUUAACAGUUAAUUUUUUUUCCUGUACAUCCCAUUGAAGAUGCUUCCAAGCAGGGAGAUGGGAGCAGGGAGCCUGGAGCCGCCGCGUCUCAUCCUUCACAAUUUCCUCACCAGCGAAGAAUGCAAGGAAUUGGAAUUCAUACACAAAAGCAACAGCACUGUUGGGUACAGGCCCAACGUGUUCUCCACCACUCUUUCCCAUCUCAUAGCCACCAAUUCUUCUCCCUUUCUCAUCCCUUUUGUUCCCAUCCGAGAGAGGCUGAAAGAAAAAGUUGAACACUUUUUUGGCUGCGAGUAUGAGCUCUGCAUCGAAUUCACUGGCUUAAUUAGCUGGUGUAGAGGAGCUAGCAUUGGAUGGCACAGUGAUGAUAACAGGCCCUAUCUCAAGCAACGGCACUUUACGGCAGUGUGUUAUUUGAAUAGCUAUGGGAAGGAUUUCAAAGGCGGACUUUUUCACUUCCAGGAUGGGGAACCAGCUACUCUUGUUCCCAUGGCCGGAGAUGUUGCCAUAUAUACAGCUGACAGUUGCAAUAUUCAUGCUGUCGAUGAGAUAAUUGAAGGAGAGAGACUUACGCUUACACUGUGGUUUAGCCGUGAUAGUGCCCAUGAUGAGGAUGCAAAACUCAUUUCCCUUCUAUCAAAAAACAUGCCUGAAUUGAAGCUACCUAUGCUGGCAUCCAGCAAUAUGUACUGGUUUUCUCUGGAUCCAGCAUCCCACCAACAGUUAGGAUUUGAUAUAUGCUUGGCAAGAAUGCAUGUGCUUGGGUUUGAUAUUUGUUCUUGUCAAGCAGAAGGCUUGUUUUCAGAUUCCACAGAACUACUAAUGGAGCCACUGCAGUUAGUAAGGGGAAAUGAGUUGUUUAAGCAGGAGUUUGUCAACAUUUUGCAUGCACUUCAGGCGGUACAAUUUCACCAUUGGAAAGCUUCAGACCUGCCAGAUGCUCAAUCUGAAGUAGAACCUGGGGAUGUGGUACGAUUAUCAAAAUCACAGCAGGAAGUGGUUAGAAGCCUCAAAUCUCAGUUCUUAAGGGAUCAUCAAGUGGUUGAAAUGAUAUUCAGUUGCGCCACUUGCAGCAGGAAUCAGCAAAACUUUGACUGGGAAAGAUUUUCAGCUGCAAUUGCUGGCUUGGAAGACUAUACCUGUAAAUUACAUAAAGAAUUACUAAUGAGCUUACCAUACUGGAGAACUCACGGAAUUAUAUCCGAAUGUUCUUAGAGUCUUUAACGGGUUCUAGCAUUUUCAUGUUAGCUAUGCUACAUUAUUUUGUUUUUAUUCUAUCUACAGCAACUUUAAUCUUC